UAUCGCUGAUCCGUACAGUUCAAUUAUCGUUUAGCUGCUGCUGGGGCUCAAAGAGCAGGGUGUGAACAUUUCAUUGCCUUAUAAUACACUAUACACCAGGAGCAACAAGUAGUCUCUGGGCUGCCUGAGAUAUUGGAAAGUGGGGAACACUGUAAAUGUUUGGUGUAUAGCAAUGAAGCAUCCCAGAAGCAGCCCAGUCCCAUAAAUUAAUAAUGUGCAUACAGUAACUGCACCAGCACGGGAGAACAUUCACAGAGGCAGACACAGCAGAAUGGAAGAAGGAUUCCAAUGAACAGAGAACAGUGCAAGAUAUUUAAGGUAUGGAGCCUCUGAGCUUUGAAACGUACAGCAAUUAUACUGUCUGGAAUAAAGCUGAUCAGUGCCAGGAGGUAGGCAAGUUGAAUGCUUCACUUCGGUGCAACUUCACCAGAACAACACCAGACUGCAGUGACAGUGAUGGAUAUAUUCAUUAUCUUGAUGGAGCUUUCUGCCGCUUCCCUCCAAGCUUGUUCCCUCUUGCUAUCUUUUUGUAUGUGCUUUGGUUGCUCUACCUUUUCAUUAUCCUCGCAGUAACUGCAGAAAAGUUUUUCUGUCCUAAUCUGUCAGCGAUAUCCCGCAUUCUUAGACUUUCUCACAAUGUCGCUGGCGUUACUUUCUUGGCAUUUGGGAAUGGUGCCCCAGAUGUAUUUAGUGCUCUGGCUGCUUUUUCUGACUCAAGGACAGCAGGACUUGCAAUCGGAGCCCUUUUUGGUGCAGGGGUCUUUGUCACCACUGUAGUGGCAGGCGGGAUCAGUAUAGUGAAGCCAUUCACAGCUGCAUCUCGUCCUUUCCUGAGAGACAUUGUGUUUUACAUAUCUGCCAUCUUCCUCACAUUCUUCGUUCUGUACCAAGGUUAUGUGACCCUAGCUGAAGCUCUAGUGUAUUUGCUGUUGUACCUGGUUUAUGUCUUUGUGGUUGUUCUCUCUACCUGGAUCUACCGGAGGAUGCGCCAACAGCAGUUAUCUGUUCCAGUAACAGAAGAACCAGACCUUUUGGGCGAGUCAGAAGAUGAUUGCAUUACCACUCCACAUGGCUCAGAAUAUGGAGAUGAGUAUCAACCCCUCUUUCCCAUGCAAAGGAGCACCUGGCAGAUUCUUACCAGUGAACUGAAUCCAGUUGAUGCCAGGAAAUGGAAACAGAAAUCUUGGAAGUGGAGAACUUUCAAAAUGAUAAAGGUACCUGUAGAAUUCCUCCUUCUCCUUACUGUUCCAGUGGUAGAUCCUGAUAAAGAGGAGAGAAACUGGCAAAGGCCUCUGAACUGUUUACACCUAAUCACCACCCCAUUGCUUUGUGUGUUCACUAUGAAUGCAGGAACAUAUGGACUCUACAUAAUUAAAGGUGUGAUGCCAGUUUGGGCUGUUUUGCUGAUUAUUGGAACUUUCUCAGCUGCGGUUGUUUUUCUUACAACCACAAAUGGAGAGCCUCCAAAAUAUCAUUGUCUCUUCUCCUUUCUGGGAUUUGUUGCCAGUGCUCUUUGGAUCAGUGCUACAGCCACAGAAGUAGUUAAUUUGUUACGCACAUUUGGAGUCAUCUUUCGCCUCAGUAACACAGUUCUUGGGCUGACGCUGCUUGCCUGGGGGAACAGCAUAGGCGAUUUUGUCUCUGACAUCACACUAGCUCGACAAGGAUACCCCCGCAUGGCUUUCUCUGCCUGCUUUGGUGGCAUUAUCUUCAAUGUGCUGAUCGGAGUGGGGCUUGGAUGCCUGAUGCAAAUGGGGCCAAGCAAAACAUCUUUUCAGCUUGAGCACCAGGGUCUUCUGGUGUGGAUCCUGGCAGGGGGCCUUGGCAUCAGCUUGGUAUUUUCUCUUAUAUCUGUGCCCGCUCAGAGUUUCCACCUGCGACGUGGUUAUGGUGUGGCUUUGCUCUUCAUCUAUGUCCUCUUCCUCACUGUGGCCUUAUUAACUGAAUUUGGGGUCAUCAGAUUGGAAAUGUUUUAACUCUGCACUUAAGUCCUACCAGGCCUCCAUCUCAUGAAUCCAUGCAUUUUUCUUUGCUAUUAAACAAAAGUCACAGCAAACCUUUCAACUGAAAAAACUGUCUCUUGAGGUUGGCUUUGAGAUUUUAUCCCAUCGUGACUUCGUUAUUGACUCAGGAUUACAGAUUUAUUUACAGUAUAUUUUAUACCUCGGAUUUUUAAAAAGUUUAAACGGACAAUCAAUCUAAAUUAUAUUCUGUAUUAUGUUGCUGAUCCUAAAAAAAAUUAUCUUAAGUUUUUAAACAAUUUCUUUCAAAAGCUGUAUUGUAGAGAACUACUUUUGUAAACUAUUAUUAUAUUUUUUUAAGUUAAAGCCUAAUGUGUAGUAUAUUGUUUGUACUGAGG